AUGAACCUACCAUGUUACCGAAAAUAUCCAAUAUCAAAAAGAUUAGAAACGACAACUGUUAACCAAGCACUUGAAAUACCGGGUUUAUUUUCAACCUUUACAGCUCCAACUUUGAAAAAACUAAGAAUUUGUUCAAUAUCUUCAUCAUCAGCCUCUAUAUUGGCAGGCAUAAUAGCAAUUUAUUUCUAUACAAAUAUAGAUAAAAGGAAAAUAGUUUUCAGGCAUCAAUUUAUUUUUUUUGUGUUGAUUUUCGACAUAAUAAAGGCCAUAGCACUCUGCAUUUAUCCAAUAGUCAUCCUUAUACAAAAUGAUCUAUAUCAUACAACAAGCUUUUUCGAUAUAGUUGGAUGGUUUACCGCCUUUGCUAUUGAGGGAGCAGAUCUUGCUAUAUUGGCAUUUGCCAUACAUUUUGCCAUUUUAAUUUUUAACCCACAUUUAAAAUGGGUAAAUUUUAAAACCAAAAAUUUGGAAGGUGGGCUAUACAGAGUUAGAUAUUUUGUUUAUUUAGCCUCUUUUGUUAUACCCGCCACUUUGGCAAGUUUGGCAUUUAUCGAUUAUAACAAACCUAAUCAACGGGUUAUCAGCGCUAAUCAGGAUAUCAUCUUAGACAACAAUAAUUAUAAUUUUAGGCUAACUAAUAGCAGUAGAACUGGCGGGUACAAACCAUUUAGCACUAGGUGUUAUUUGCCGCCAUGGCCAUAUUGGUAUAGAUUAGUUUUAAGCUGGGGUCCCAGAUAUUUUAUCAUGGUGUCGAUCUUAGGAAUAUAUUUAGGAAUUUAUGUAAAAGUUUUAAGAGAAAGUCAGAAGAUCAAUCGUCUAUUCAUUAAAAUCUACAAAAACAAAGAAGAAGAAAAAGAAGAAGAAGUAGAAAAAAAUAUACCGCACACAUUCUCUGCAGUUAUGAAUAAUAAUUCUUUAACUUUGAUUAAAAAAUUAUAUUUUUUAUUGUAUUUAUUUCUAGAUAGACUUGGAUUGGUUUUUUUAUUAGAUAAGUUGAAAACCUCCGUGCUGUUCUCCUCAAAAGCAGAAUAUUACCCACAGUUUGAAGAUCAGGGGCUUAUAAAUAAUAAUGCUAGUCCAAUAACUUCGCCGAUAGAUGAUAACAAUGAUCAUGCAUAUGUGACAGAUCCAAAAAGGAAAACGCAUUCUAACAACAAUAACAAUGAUGGCAACAAUUUUAGCGAGAAUAGUGGUAACAAUCAUAGUAAUAAUGUUGUUAUUAAUACUACUAGUACUAAUAUUCAAAACUUAAAAUCAGAUUUUAAUGAGGAAAUAUAUAUCAAAUGUAAGAAAAAGACGGAACUAAUUAAAAAACAAAUCAGUAUGAUAUUUAUCUAUCCAUUAUCAUAUUUUUUACUUUGGAUUUUCCCACUUAUUCUUGAUGCUACCCAAUAUCACAUAGAAGAGGAAAGGGGCCCCAUUAUUUGGUUGAAUUAUAUAACAACAUUCGCCUAUCCAUUUAAUGCAGUGUUGGAUACUUUGGUUUUCUUAUUUAGAGAAAAACCAUGGUUAAACACGUGGAAUAUUAUUGAACGUGAAAAAUUGAGGCAAAAGUAUUUUAUUAAUGGAGAAAUUGGUGAUUUAGAAGCCGCGAAAUUAUGUAGAAAUACAAAGUUGGGUGAACGAGGCUGGUAUUAUAGAGGCUCACUAAGAAAUAAAACGUGUUGGAAGCAUCAAAGUAGUCUUAUUAAGAGAGGGUGUUGGUAUAUUUAUAGAUUUGUUAGGGGAACGAUAUCUAUUAAUUAUGAUUAUUUCGAUAAUUGCAAUGAUGAAAAAUAUUGGUUUAAUUAUUACCACGGGUGUGAUGAGGCAUCUUCUUCAUUGACAAGUUUGUUAUCAUUUUCAACCAUUAUGCCAGCCCCUGUUGACAACAGUAACAAUAAUAAUAACAACAAUAAUAAUAAUAAUAAUAAUAAUAAUGACAAUAAUAUAGAAAAAUACACAUAUAAUAAUAGAGAAACCUUUACUGGUGAUGUUGAUGUUAGUUGGUAUUGGAAACUAUACCAUUUAUUACCGUUAAAACAUGGGGUUGAUUUAGAUGAAUUGAAUAGAGAAAUGAUUUUAGAGAAUAAAAAAAAGGACUAUAGUAUUCCUGGGAUGGAUAAUUUUUUAUCACUGGCUAAUAACUAUCGUUUUGAUUGUGAGUGUACUGAUAAUUCUGGUGAAAAAGAGAAAUUACCUCUGAAGAAUAAUAAUAAAAAGGAAGAUAGUGAUGAUGAUGACAAUGGUGACAAUAAUACACGUGCUGAUGGCAAUAACAAUCCAAAAAGCGUAUCAAAAAUAGAUAAAGAAGACCAUUUCCACAAUGAGGAGAAAGAUGGUGUUUAUAAUAAUAACAACAACCAUGGCACUAAUUUUUCCAAUACAUCUAUGGAUUUGUUAGAUUUUUUAAAUAACUCAUAA